GUAAGUAUUGUCCGUCUCAUGAUAUACUGGUUACAGGGACUGUUUACCUUCUUCAAGCAUAGACGCCGUUUGAACUCAAAAUGGCUCACCAACUAUCAGAAGAACAAAUCGCAGAAUUCCGGGAAGCGUUCUCCCUGUUCGACAAAGAUAAUGAUGGUACGAUCAACACGACUGAGAUGGGUACAGUGAUGCGAUCCCUGGGACAGAAUCCCACGCUAGCCGAACUGGACGAGAUGAUCGCCGAGGUCGAUAAAAGUGGAAGCGGUACUAUUGACUUCCCAGAAUUUCUUACCAUGGUCGCGCGGAAGAUAAAGGACUGUGAUUCCGAGGAAGAAGUAAAGCAGGCGUUCCGAGUGUUUGACAAGGAUGGUAAUGGCUUCAUCAGCGCGGUUGAGUUACGCCACGUCAUGACGAACAUGGGUGAGAAACUAACUGAUGAAGAGGUUGACGAGAUGAUCAGGGAGGCAGACAUUGACGGAGAUGGCCAGGUCAACUAUGAAGAUUUUGUCAAGAUGAUGAUGAGCCGGUAAUGCGACAUGGAAAACUGUCGUCUGAAUCUAGUGUCAUAGGACAUGAAAUGGACAUAAUUUGGGCAUGAAAUGACAGAGCGUUCCAUUCUCAUAAUGAACUAUCUAUCUCAUAACAAGAAUAGUUGUCAUAAUACCAUUCAAA